AGCCGCGGCUGGCAACAAGGGCGUGCCUAUGGCGGGCGGCACGGCGAGCGGCAUGGCGCCUGCUGCCAGGCUGGCGAUCUACAAGGUGUUCUGGACAUACGAUGGCGUCAACACUGGCAACACUGACGACGUCCUGGCAGCCAUAGAUCAAGCAGUGGCGGACGGCGUGGAUGUGAUCUCGCUCUCAUUGGGUCUCUCCGGCGAUCCAGAGGCCACAUACUUUGAUGACAUUUACAUGCUCAAUGUGCACCUGGCAGGGGUAUUUGUGGCGUAUGCUGCAGGCAACUCCGGCCGUCCCACUGGCACCAACUUCAGCACGUACAGGACCAUUUCCAGCUUCUCGCCUUACUACCUCACUGUUGGUGCAAGCUCCAUUCUGCGUAAAGGUGCUGUCCUUCGCAAGCCCAGCAAUGAGUCUUCCGCAUCCAUCCAGUCAGCAUCAUACCCUCAGGACCUCGCCGCCCCCCGGCUUGGAAGCUUCUCAUCCACAGGCCCCGUCUGCCGCCCCUGGACCAACGCCUACGGUGCACUGCCCACCAACAGCAUCUUAAAGCCCGAUGUGAUCGGCCCUGGGGUGAAAGUGUACGCUGCAGCCCCGGGAAAGAAGGUUGGGGAGAAAGGGUCGUACGCGGAGCAGUAUGGGACGUCCAUGUCCACGCCUCACUUGGCGGGGAUUGCUGCGCUCAUUCUGCAGAAGCACCCCAAAUGGAGCCCUGCGCAGGUCAUGUCUGCCAUCAUGACGACUGCGAUCACAUCCAACACGGAUGGCGCCAGCAUCAAGAAAUCCAACGGCGGUUUUGCAACACCGUGGGAUAUGGGCCAAGGGCAUGUCUACCCUCCCAAGGUGCUUGACCCCGGGCUCACGUACGACGCCCGGGCAGCCUACUAUAUGAACUUUCUCGCCGGGCAGAGCCUUUCAAGGGCGCAAGAGGAGUUCCCCGAUGCGAAGCUUGUGAGCAUGCCUCCUCGGAACCUGAAUCGGGCGAGCAUCUCCGUGGCGCGGCUGAAAGGGAACCUCACGGUGAUCAGGCGGGUGACUAACGUUGCCGAUUCUGAGUCCACCUACAAGGUCAAGAUCAAGUCUCCCAAAGGGGUCUCUGUUAAGGUAACUCCCAAGAAAUUCACCAUUGCUCGAGAUGGUCACUCUGUGAGGUCGGUGCUAGCUGUCCAGCCAGUCGAAAUAUGA